AUGUUACGUCUGUAUCACGGAUAUGGAAGAGAUAACUAUGGUCCAGAACUAGGCUUUAACCGAUCUCACUCCCAGUUCGAUUUACCUAGUUUCGGAUUAGAUCCUGAUUCUCCAAUAUUUCUUCAACCAGGAUACGGCCCAGGUGGACUUCCGCUGAAUAUUUACAGGGGGAAUUCGAGACGAGAUCAACUUCUUAGUGAAAGGAUGGAAUGGUAUAAACCUCGAAGCUUGGGGAAUCUAGCUGUAGAUUUGGACACUUUUUCAAUAUGGUCUGGACAGUAUGAUAAUAGACCUGAUUUCGAUGGAUUUGACAGAAAAUAUAGGGCCGCAAGUAUGGGCAAUCUGAACAUAGGGUAUUCUGGCGAUUGGAGGGAGAGUCGUGGAGGAGGAGAAGUUGGAAGUAAACAAUCUUUAGGACAGAUUAGUGGGGUCAGUGAUAACCCGGAGAAAUACAGAGAUAUUGCACUGUAACUCUACCAUACAGCUGACUACAGACUACAGAGACGUUUAUGUACAAUAACUAGACCUGGUUAUCACAGAAAUUCCUGUACAGUUGUACAGCUGGAUGAAAGUUAAGAAAUAGACGCUUUUAAAAAAAAGUGAGUUGUGUACAAAUAUCACAAAGAUCAAAUUGAGAAUGCUAACAGAGACCUCUAUUAUUAACAGUUUAAAAGAGACACCAAGGGAAGGCUUUCCAGUUUCUAGUGAUGAAAGCUUAUGAACAGUAUACACUGUAUAUGUAUACUAAGAAUUUUCAGGGGGGGGGGGGGUUUGAGGUUAACCG